AUGGCAGAGCCACGGGCUGCAACAGCAGCAGCAGUGGUGGCGAAACCAGUCAGCGGCGAGUGGGUGGAGGCAGCCGGGAGGGAGGCGUGGGAGCGAGGAACGAGGGAUCUGUCGUGCUUGCCGUCUUCCACGGGGGAAGGGCGGAGCUGGCAGUUCACGAUUCCUACACCAGCAGCAGCGUGUGCUCGGCGUGUGUGGCACUUGGAAGUCGUGCGCGUGCACCUGUCAUCCAACCUCUUCACCGCAUCCCACACCGUGAACUCCGCUGCUGAGACUACCCGCCGCUUGCUGGAAUUUACACGUGGCAGGAACGCCCCGCGCAGCCCUCGAGCAAUCCCUGUUACCUGCGCUGGUCUGCGUGCUGCUGCCUCCGCAAUGUGCGCUCAUCAUCUGUCGCGUUGGACAAGGAGCGGGAACGGUGGUGGGGCCUCGCAGUAA